GUGCAGGGCAUCCCGCCAAGGCCUGACGUGCAACGACCGCGCGUCUCAGGCACCAACAUCUCACUCUAUGCUUCGUCUCUAUUUCAUACGGUCCUCUUUUGUGUCAUUUUCCUUCUUGUCACACAUUCAAUCAGUAUUCUCCUCUUUAACGAGGACAAGGAAUUGACACGUUCCGGGCAUCAAGCUCGACAACGACAAACAUAUCAGCUUCUCCAGACCUCCUGAUCUAUCGAAGAUGUCUCAGCCACAGAAGAUUUCCCACAUGGAACUCCAACAACGCACUCUCGACACGGUUAUCCAUAUUUUUCUCCGCUUUCCUCGUGAACUCCGCGACCAAAUUUACUCCUACCUCUUCACGUAUUCCGACUCCCAACCUAUCAACCUUGCUUACUCUCAUCUGACCGCUCUUGACCCGAACAUUGACCCCGAACAUCACCUGUCGUCCCGCUGGGUGGGACCUCUCCUCGCCUCCGAGAUGGCAGACUCAUUCUAUGGCCUCAAUGCUUUCGCUAUCGCAUCAUCAUCCCCCCUCAACCAAACGCUAAGCUUCUGCCGAUGGGGUAGCGGCGUGAUGCCAUCCGCCUUCCUCCGCCAACUGAGCGUCGAGAUAAUAGAAGAUUCAUCAUCCAACUGCGUCACAUCUGACUCUGAUCAAUCUUACGAACAAGAAAGCGUGGCAGAUGAGAGGCGUGCAAAGCUUGCAUGCCUACUCCACAUUCCCCGACUUGAAAAACUAGAGCUUCGGAUUCAGAAAAUAUGGGAAGGUCCCUUGGAAAUACGGGACGUGAAUCCUCUCAUCCACCAGCUAUGCCAGCAGCACCCGCGGGUCGAAAUCAAGUUAGCUGUCUCUUUUGACAAUCUCCUUCAAGAGGCUUGGGACUCUUGGGAGCCAGAGUUCGGGAACGGCCUUUCGCUGGCAGCGCGUCAAGCGCACUAUGUCGAAGAGUUCAAGCCGGCUGGCUUCUCAGACUGCACGGAGUUGAUCGCACCGCCGAGUGAGGAAGAUAGGAAACACGUGGAGGAGUUUACACCGCACAUGAUUAUGCCACGAUCUAGGAGGGCUACGGCAGGGCUGGUCGACGAAGACGUGGCGACGCGGAAGAUGCUGCAGGGUCAUUAUGCUUGUCAAGAGCCGGCGCUGAUGAGAGUGAACUUGGAGAGGCACUGGGAAGUUUGGCAGAAGUUGAAGAAGAGCGAGAGUAGUUUGUGAUAGCCCUAAUUCGCUUUUAGGCCAAAAGAGAAGUACAAUGCCUCGUUUUGCCUUGCCUCAUGGUACUUUCAUAGCUCCACGCGAGGUAAAAUCCGUCAUCUUGAGCAGCUAGUAAACUCGCUGGGGCAUCUCAGGCAGCAACAUAUAGGUAUA